GGGAAUGGGGGCAGAGCGUGGCGGGGGGGGGGGGAAGAAUGGAUAAUAAAUCUUAUUAAAUAUAUAUUUUUUCAUAAACUGAUUGGCUUGCAUUCCAGUGCAGCCCGGCCAUAAAUCAAGAGGAAAAUGUGAUGGCUCCACACGGUAUUUAGCAAAUGAAGAAAGUUGGAGCUGAUCUUCAAUGGCUUGGAUGUGAUUGCCAUCCAGGGGCCGGCGCACUUGAGCCUAAGAGCUGGGGAAGAGAGAGGGAGAGGGAGAGAGAGAGGCUCUCCUGCUGGUUGGGUUUGGUUGUGGCAAGCCCCGCAGGAUCCUGCCAUUUCUUCCACUGACAACACCCCGGGAAGGAGGAGCUUCCCCCCGCGCCGCGCAGAAGGCGUCAGAAUCCUCAAUUUCCAACUUAGCAUCUUGGCAGGACCUUUCGCAAAAGCCAAACGCAGAUCUCGGGGAAAAAAAAAAAAAAAAAAAAGCCUCUCAGUCCAAAGGCAGCAACCACCACCACCACCAAGGGAGAGAGGGAAACAAAACAAACAAACAAACAAAAAGCGCAGCCCCGCCAGGCGAGCGAGCUGAGCGAGAAGCAGGAGCAGCAGCAGCCGGGAAUCAGAAGCAAGGUGCUAAUCCGCCAGCUGCCCCACCUGGCCAUAGGGCUUGGGGGCGCGGGGGGGGGAGGGGAGAAAGUCACCUAGAAAAAUCAAAGCGAGCGGCAGCUCCUGGCUAUUCUGCUGCCCGUGUAUAUGUAUGUGCUUGGCCAUGUCGUAUCCUCAGGGUUACUUGUACCAGCCAUCCGCUUCCUUGGCUCUCUACUCCUGCCCGGCUUACAGUACCAGCGUGAUCGCGGGACCCAGGACCGAUGAACUUGGGAGAUCUUCCUCGGGCUCCGCUUUCUCGCCUUAUGCCGGAUCUACCGCCUUCACCGCCCCUUCUCCGGGUUACAACUCCCACCUCCAGUACGGCACAGACCCGGCAGCCGCCGCCGCCUUCACUUCGUACGUGGGCUCACCCUACGACCACACACCAGGUAUGGCAGGUUCCCUGGGGUACCAUCCCUACGCGGCGCCCCUGGGCUCCUACCCCUAUGGAGAUCCAGCCUACCGAAAAAAUGCCACCCGGGAUGCCACUGCCACCCUGAAGGCCUGGCUGAACGAGCACCGCAAGAACCCCUACCCCACCAAGGGCGAGAAGAUCAUGCUGGCCAUCAUCACCAAAAUGACCCUCACCCAGGUCUCCACCUGGUUCGCCAACGCCCGGAGGAGGCUCAAAAAGGAGAAUAAAAUGACCUGGACCCCCAGGAACCGGAGCGAGGACGAGGAAGAAGAGGAGAAUAUCGACCUCGAGAAAAACGACGAGGAUGAGCCCCAGAAGCUGGAGGAAAAAGGCGACCCGGAGGCUCCCGAGACAGGAGGAGGAGACGAGCAGAAGGCAGCCCCGGGCUGCGAGCGGCUGCAGGAGUCCCACUCCCCGGCGGGCCAGGAGGCCGAGGGGAGCCUGAGUGACUCGGAUUGUAAAGAGCCCCCGGCGGAGAGGCUGGAGGGGAGGCCGGGCCCCCCCAAAGCGGCCGGCCCUGCGGCCUUGGUGCAGUGCCCGGCCGGCCGGAUCCUGCAGCAGGCGGCUGGCGGCGAGGAGAUCCAGCACCAGUACCGGCCCCCUUCGGCCGCCGCCGCCCCCCACCCGGGAGAGCUGCACCCCAUCACCCCCUCCAGCAACAGCACCUCGGUGAUCCACUCGCCGCAGCAGGCUGCCCUCGCCAAACCCAAACUCUGGUCCCUGGCCGAGAUCGCCACCUCCGCGGACAAAUCGAAAGAGAGCAGCAGCGAGGUGUCUACGGGAGCGGGGCCGACCCAGGGCCCUCCCUUGGCCGGGAGCAGCACCUCGCAUUCUCCGUCGCGGUCCCCGUCCGCCCAGUGCCCUUUUCCUAACAGCGCCGUCCUCUCCCGGUCUCUUUACUACGCGUCUCCGUUUUACCCGGGCUACACGAACUAUAGCACUUUUGGGCACCUUCACAGCCACGCUGGCACCAACCCGGCAGCCGGAGCCCCCAGCAGCCAUUUCAAUGGAUUAAACCAGACUAUUUUAAACAGAGCAGAAAGCUUGGCAAAAGAAACUAAAAUGAUCAGAAGCCAAUCCCAAGUAGAUCUUUGCAAAGACUCACCUUACGAACUGAAGAAAGGUAUGUCCAACAUUUAAUAUUGGCUUCUUCUCCGAUAACUCCCCCUGGGACUUUGGUUUUUUUUAAUUUAUUUAAUACUUUGGCCGUUAUUUUUCCACUACCACGAGAAAAACAAAAAAACAAAACAAAAAUCAAAGACACACUCCUAGUCAAAAGUUUAUAGUUCAUAGGAAAUGGCUGAGUAUAAAAGAACUCAGAAAUGUCUUAAUCAACUGAAAACAAAACAAAAAUUACACACAAAAGGAGAGAUUUGUAUUAAAUCUUAUUCUGUAUAUUUAAUGUAGCUUUUUGUAUUUAAAAUUGAUAAUACAGUAUCUUUAAAGUAACUUAUGA